CUACCGGACACGCUCUACAUAUUGCUCAGAUUUGUCACUAUCUGCUACUCUGUCAGACUAUCCGGACCAAUUUCAACGCCCGCCGCUGGCAUUUCCAACCAUGGCGGAAGUUCUCCAGGCGUCCGAGCAAGUCGCAGUGGCAGAAAUACCGACAGAGGUCGCAGAGCACGCCUCAGAAGCGGUCCGGACAUCAGCAAAGCGAACAAGAGAGGUUUUCGCAGCAGACUUUGGGCACUUGUCAGCUCUGAGCAAAGCGCCGCAACCCGCUGUAGCACCCGAUGACCCUUCACCUCAAGAUCGCGCACAAAAAGCCAGCGUUGCGGCGCGGAUACGAAACGAGUAUGCACACGUAAAAGAGCUCCCCGCGGCUCUCGCACAGAAGCAGGCAAACGCAGCAGCAGGACUGGCAGCGCGAAGGAAGAAGCCAAAGACGGAUGAGCAGGCCAGCGACCCGCAGAUGGCCAAGAUGAUUGAGGAUGCCUCCGUGUCGAAGCAGCAGACGCCCGCGACCAACGGAAUAUCCACAGCGCUUACGAGAAUAAACGGCACAGCAAAUGCGAAAUUACCUCCGAAUGCAAAUGGACCGACACCGCAACGAAACACUCCAUCGUCGAGCUUAGUGAGGAGGGAUACCGUGAGACAGCAGAAGCCCGAGUGGCAUCCUCCGUGGAAGCUCUUCCGUGUUAUUUCAGGUCAUUUGGGAUGGGUCAGAGCGCUUGCAAUGGAGCCGGGCAAUCAGUGGUUCGCAUCAGGAGCAGGAGACCGGACGAUCAAGAUUUGGGAUCUCGCGACCGGGACGCUGAAGCUCACUUUGACUGGACACAUCUCUUCAGUGCGCGGACUGGCUGUCAGCCCACGGCAUCCAUAUCUGUUCAGCUGCGGAGAGGACAAGAUGGUCAAGUGCUGGGAUCUCGAGACGAACAAGGUCAUUCGACAUUACCACGGCCAUUUGUCUGGUGUUUACACAAUGAGUUUGCAUCCCACCCUGGACGUGCUAUGUACAGGUGGUCGAGAUGGUGUGGUCAGAGUCUGGGACAUGCGGACGAGGUCGAACAUUCACGUACUCAGCGGCCACAAGGGGACCGUGUCAAGCAUCGUGACCCAGGCCACCGAUCCCCAAGUCAUCUCCGGCAGUCUCGACAGCACUGUUCGCAUGUACGACUUGGCAGCCGGCAAGACGAUGGGAGUCCUCACCCACCACAAGAAGGGCGUGCGUUCUCUGGUCACGCAUCCUACCGAGUUCACAUUUGCUUCUGCCUCUCCAGGUCAAAUCAAGCAAUGGCUGUGUCCGAAGGGAGACUUCAUGAUGAACUUCGAAGGCCACAACAGCGUCAUCAACACACUGUCCGUCAAUGAAGACAACGUGCUCUUCAGCGGAGGCGACAAUGGAAGCGUGUCCUUCUGGGAUUGGAAGACAGGCCACAGAUUUCAGCAUGAGGACAGUGUCGCUCAACCCGGAUCUCUUGACGCAGAAGCGGGCAUCAUGACCAGCACGUUCGACCACACAGGACUGCGGCUGAUUACUGGUGAGGCGGACAAGACGAUCAAAGUGUGGAGGCAGGAUGAGAAUGCGACUGAGGAGACACAUCCGCUGGACUGGCGGCCGACUCUCGGCAGGCAGAAGUUUUAG